UUAAGGAAACGAUGGAACGACAAUGAGAAAAGAGUUCGUGUUGUUAAGAAGCCAUAUACUCCACCGGUUAAUUCUUCAAAAUUACUAGGCGAUGCUAAGGAAAAUAUGGAUGACGAAGCUAAAAAGUGUUAUUAUAAAAUUCUAGCAGUAAAUGAAAAAACACCUCCGAAGACCAAAGAUAAAACAAAUGCAUUGCAUGAUGGUGGCAUCGAUAGAGGUAAUCAAGUCGGUUCAAAAACUCCGCCUCGAGCACCAUUAACAAUACCUUCCAAAUCAGAUUCCUAUCUUGAAGGGUCAGAUGCAGGAGUGAUUACCAGAGAUAGAAUGCAAAACAUAAAAAGAGUGGCAUGGAAAAGACGCAUGGAAAGUAGAUAUCUUAAUUUAAGAGAAGAAGUAAAUGAAUUGAAAAGGUCUAAGAAUGAAAAUAAUAAUAAAAACGAGAAUAAUGAAGAUAAGACAAAGAGUGUGAAGUUGAAGGAAACAAUCGUAAUUGAAAAUGGAGAACAGAUCACGACGAUUGAUGAUGUUGUAUUCACCAGUACGGAAUUUGUAACUAUUGCAAAGCAACCAACAAUGAAAAAAAGAGUCAGCUGCUUAGUGCCAGUAGUUUGGACUCAAGAAGUAAUUCAGAAAAAAUAUUUGAAUCCACAGUUAUGUUACCAUUUUCAAAAGCAUCGGAAAAUAAAUUAUGAGACGGGAGGAAAAGAUGAUCCAAAUUUUCAUUCCAAACCCUGGUUGGGCCGCCGAUGUACCGAAUUAAGGAAUGUAUUGAACCAAAAAAAUAAGGUGCAUCAAGCACCUCCCGAUGGAUAA